GCGGUUGAGUCAGAGCCGCCGCCUCCUCCCCGCCCGCUCUCACGUACGCGCGGCCGGGCGGACACGGAGCCGCCGUCCCGCACCCGCGCACUUGCUGGAGAUGAGCCGCUCCGUGCUGCGGGUCUGCCUCUUGCUCCUGGCCGUCCUGGGCCGCUCUGCCGCCGGCAGCGAGGACGGCCAGGACCAGGGCGCCGAGGAACGCACGCACCCUCCGGGGAAAGGUCUUGGCCACGCUCACUGGAGCUAUGAAGACCGGAAUCGCUGGGGUGAGGACUACCAGGACUGCAGGGGCACCAUGCAGUCACCCAUCAAUAUCAACAUGGCCAGCACCAUCUUCAGCCCCCAUCUGCGGGCGAUCCAGCUCUCUGGCUACAGCCUGCCUGCCAACGAGAGGCUCAAGCUGAGGAACAAUGGGCACACUGUUGUUCUCGAGCUGCCGCAGUCCAUGGCCAUCACUGGUGGCUAUGCCCAGCAGUACCGAGCUGUGCAGCUACACCUGCACUGGGGUGCAACAACAGGACCAGGCUCAGAGCACACCAUCAACGGGCACCGCUUUGCUGCGGAGAUCCAUGUGGUCCACUACAACACCAAGUAUGACAGCUUUAAGGAGGCCAUGGUCCAGCCAGAUGGCCUGGCCGUACUGGGAGCCUUCCUGGAGAUGGGUCCAAGAGACAACCCGUACUAUCAGGAACUCCUUGACCAUAUGCAGCAAAUCCAAAGAGAAGGUGAGGAAGUCUGGGUGCCUGGGUUCAACAUCGCAAGCCUGCUGCCUGUCAACCUGAAAUACUACUACCGCUACAACGGCUCCCUGACCACCCCUCCCUGCUACCAGGCGGUGAGGUGGACAGUCUUCAACCAGACUAUGAUGAUCUCUCGUGACCAGAUUCUGAAGCUGAUAACGAGCCUGAGGAACGAUGAUGGCAAACCUCUGCAGAGCAAUUACCGGCAGAUACAGAGCCUCCAUGGGCGAACGGUGCUAGCGAGCUUCCAGCCCGCCUUCUUUGCACCAAAGCAGCUGCCUGCUGGUACUGCCAGCUCAGCUGCAACAGACGAACACUCCAGCUCUUCAUUUCAAGCAGGGGAUGUGCUGGCUGUGCUCUUCGGGGUGCUCUUUGCCAUCACGGCACUGGCCUUCCUGCUCUACAUCCACAAGCAUCGCAACCAGAACGUGCGGCUGGACUCACCGAUCAAAUCCAAGGUCAUCUACACGGCAGCCACCACUGAGAACACUGCAUGAGCCCCACACCUCUGUGGUGGCCCCCGCUGCACUGGCUCAUCCUGUCACCCCAACCUCUCCUCACUCCCACCCCAGAGGUGCUCCAGCACCCCUCGGCUGCUUGGGCUGCCCGUACGGACUGGUUUCCUGGGGCAGUAUUUGGCCCCAGCAGAUAUUUUUGUUAUAAAAAGCGUAAAAACCUAUUAAAAAAAAUUAAUAGUAAAA